CUACGAUACACUACCGCUGCACAACUUUUUCCCUUUCUACCUUUGUGUCCCCUUAAAGCACUUUGUUUACCUCACACAUUCUUGUCUCACUCUCACUCUUUCUCUCUGCAUACCAUCGACAGAUACAUUACUUCUUCUAAUGCCCUCUUUUGCUAUUACUUUUUGAGAACAACCUCAACUACUACACUCUUUAUUUGUUCCAUCGUUUUCAGCUUUUACAAAACACAAUCCGCAGACAUGAAGGUCAUCAUCGCUUCCACUCUCACCCUCGGCCUCGCCACGGCCCUCAUGCCCCGCGCCCCCUCUGCGCCUCCUGGAUACUGCUGCUUCACCCUCACUGCUGCCAACCCAUCACUAGGCUCCGACAUUGUGGAGGAGGACACCAUCGGCCAGAACCGUGUCUUCAGCAACUACCCUGACGGCGCAUACUGCAUCAACCCCGCCGAUGAAGGCAAGCUCUACGACUCCCUCGGACACACUUGUAUCAUCUCCCAUACCACCCAGCGCUUCCAGUGCACCCAGGGCAUCCGCUCGCAGAACAAGUUCGUCGUUAGCGGCAACGGCGACUUCUUCGUCGACGAGAGCAACGACUUCUGGGCUUGCCCAUCGCAGGGACCUGGCAACGAGGGCGGAUACGAGAUUUUUGCGGAGACCAAGGAGGAUACCACCGGCUGCGUGCCCAUCACCAUGGCCAGCACCGGGGACAAGUGCGCCCCUCCCGCCGGCCCCAUUGGCACCGCCCUAGGCUCGACCGGCACCACCGUCCCUGCGUCUCCAUUGCCCACCGGCGCCAAGUUCGGCCACGCCGCGUACCGAGCUUUCAACAACAAGAAGAUCAUCGAUGGCCUAGAGGGUUUAGUUGGCACCGGAACUAGCACCGCAGCCCUGGCCCCAACCACCACCGGCACCCCCCAGAAGUGCGCCCAGACCCUCACUCCUGGCUCUUUCGUCGAGCCUAAGUUGAUCGUCCCGGUCUCUCGUGAGGAUGCAGGACACCCAUACGGUGAUAUCGCCUCCCCCAUCAUCACGCCCUCGAACAACACCCUCUUCGCCUUCACCACCCCGGCUUCCUGGACCGGCACCUGCUCGCUCCUCUUCACCUUCCCCUACGCUUCUGAGACCGCCAACCCGGGCGCCUACCACUUCUCUGGAAUCGAGGAGGAGAAGGCUGGCAGCGGUGGACUCAACUUCGACCACGUCGAGGCGGAUAUCGACGCCGACGAGACCUGGUGGACCAAGCCGGAGCUCAAGGAGACCUACGGCAAGACCGAGAUUAUCCCUGGAAACAGCUACACCAUUGCCACAUUCCCUUGCAAGGGCGGAGAGAAUCUCGUCUACGACGUCAGCAGUGUCGCCGGCGUCGAGCUAGAGUUUGAGCAGAACGCUCAGGCAAGCCCAAUCGGCCUGUGGGUUACCAAGUGUUAAAUACUGUUACUGCCUACCCAAAAAUUUCGCGCGCGCUAUCACUGCGUGUGCGUUAAAAGCUGAGCGUCAGCGCCCAUGUAUAGAUUGCAGCGCGCUGUACCGUACUGAGUAGAGAUCCUACCAAACCUAGUUUUUGUGUUUUUUCUCACAGGACACCGCCACUACACAUUGGACAGUACGAUUGUACGUACUGCUAGAAGACGAAACAGAAUGUUGUUCAGGACACCGCCACCACCGCUACAGGACACCACUGCAGAUUGGAUUGGAUUGGAUUAAUUCAUAGGCUGUCCCUAGUGAAUUGGAUCCCACAUUGCAUAGCCCAGAGGUGACUGUUGCCUACCAGCUGCCUAGUAGGCAGCUGGUGGUAUUAGGCAGCUACUACAAUUAUAAAUAGCUGUUCCUGCAUUCAUAGAUGCUUUGAAUAUCAUCACACUUGUAUCCUCAGUUCAGAGCUUCAACUUAGUGGCAGCUACGCAGAGUACAUCUAUAAAUGCACCGCCACUAAAGAGUGGACACUGUCUUUGCAGUGCUGCAAGAAACUAAAAUAAGGACAGAACAGAUACUGUACAUAUACUGGGAAACGAGAAAUUGAUUUGAUACAUUCAGAGGCCGUCCCAUUCUAGUGAGUUGAAGCUCUGAACUGAUGAUAUAAGUGCAGAUACAGCUAUUUAUUGUAAUCGCUGCCCAAUACCAACUGGCUGGUGCGCAGCUGGUAGGUAGCAGUCUUGUACUGUAAGAUUCGUAUCUCGUGGCGUCCUACCGAACUUGCUACUGCGUUGGCGCUGUUUGUGCUAGAUUGGACUGAGUCGUUCCAGCAGUUACUAGGUGGAUUAUUUCAGAAACCAAUCGUUGAAUUGAGAUAAAGGUCCAGGCUGGAGUUGUGGAGC